AUGCUUCUCGAAGACCAGAGAUUCAUCCACGAGGAUCUCGAGAGGCUAGAGCAGGCGGUUGCGGAUCGCGUUGCCGAUGAGCCUCGUAACAUUAAAGAUCGCUUAGCCCGCGACCAUGAAAUCGCUCAGUUCCUGGACCGUAUAGACGAACAGUCGAAGAGACUACUAGACCUCUACAAAGACGCGGACGGCGCACGCGAGAAGGAAAUCCAGGCGAUCUCGACCGGCGACCAAUUCGAGGAGUUCUACAAGCAACUAGACGAGAUCAAAGAUUUUCACAAGCGCUAUCCCAAUGAGCCCGUGGAGAACCUGGAGCGAGCAUACAAGCGCCAUGAGGGCGAGCCGAUCGGAAUGGACAUCGAUAACUUGUUUACGGGUGAAGAAAGCUUCGGGCAGUUCUUGGACCUUACGAAAGCGCACGAGGAUUACCUGAACCUGCCUGGUGUGAAGAGGUUAACGUACGUUCAGUACCUCGAGGUGUUUGAUGCUUUCACGCCCCCGCAGAUGCUUAUCAAGCGGCCCAAUAAGCUGUCCGAUAAGUACUUCCAGUAUGUUGGAGACCUUGCGGCAUAUCUGGAGGGAUUUGUCAAGAAGAUUAGGCCCUUGCAGGACUCGGAUAAGCUUUUUGGUAGCUUUGAUGAGGAGUUUGAGACACAGUGGGCGGCUAAUGAGGUUCCUGGAUGGUCGGAUGAGGCGGCUCAGAAUGGUCCUCAGGGUCCACAAACUGAAGGAUCCGGAGAGGGCAUUUGGUGCGCUGCUUGUGGGAAGGAGUUUAAGAACGAGAACGUGUACAAGAAUCACUUGACAGGCAAGAAACAUAUUCGCGCCGCUGAGGCUAAAAAGGCCUCCGGUGACUCUGGCGAGAAGCCAGCAACAGCAAAUGGCGUUUCGGCCGUUGCCUCUCGCUUGAAGGAACGCGCUGUGGCAGAGCGUGAGCAUCGUGUUCGGUCGUUGGCGAAGGUGCUGGAUGCCGAGCGUCAAGCCACGCGGGUCAACGUUGAGCGGAAACAGGGUAUGACGGAGAGAGAACGUCAGAUGGAACUCGAGGCGCUGCUUGCAGAAUCUGAGACUGCUGGCGGCGAUCGCGCCGGCGAUCAAUCCGACGAUGAUGGAGAUGACCGGAUCUAUAACCCCCUUAAGCUGCCGCUUGCUUGGGAUGGAAAGCCUAUUCCUUACUGGCUGUACAAGCUGCACGGCUUGGGUGUUGAGUACCCUUGUGAGGUUUGCGGUAACUUUGUGUACAUGGGCCGUCGCGCUUUCGACAAGCACUUCUCGGAAGGGUUGCAUAUCUGGGGCCUGAAGUGUUUGGGUAUCACCUCGAAUACAAACCUUUUCCGCGAAAUUACCAGGAUCGACGACGCCCUUCGAUUGUGGGAAAAGCUCGAGCACGACCGCAAGAAGGAUAAGGACAGCCGCGACAAUGUGGUGCAGAUGGAGGACGCAGAGGGCAACGUGAUGCCAGAACGGAUCUACUUGGAGUAUUCUGCAAAAGCAGGGCAUCCUGUAGCCGCGGCCCCCUCUGCGCAUUACGUAUAUUCUCCUAUAUCCACAUAUCUUACGUUUAAAAGCCUGGAGUUUGACGGUUGUUUUCUUCAUUUCCCUACUACCGAAGCAAGGAACCAUGACCCAGAUGUCCAGACGGUAACUCGGUGGUUCAAGCAGCAUGGCAGACAGCUCCACGAUAAAGACACCGACCAGUUGGCCCUCCUCUCGUGCAUGUUUCCAGAGAAGCGGACAGACAGAGUUUACUGGCUACAGGACACAUCCCUCGCAAGGGUAAUAGGUCGAUGUCUUCUUCUCGGGUCAUCGCGGCGGGAGGAGCUGGAGCGAUGGCGCGUUUCCGGGGGCAUAGAUCUGGCGCAAUGCGUGGAGAACGUUAUGCGAGAGGCCGAAAACCACAUCCCCGAAGGCCAGGAGGUAACUGUCGAAGAGAUUGAUGAUGCCUUGAACAGUGUUGCGUCUCGGUGCAGAUUCUCCGGGCCCCGUGUGCGUAGACAAAGGGCUGCGGUUGAUGUCGAUGAGGCCCUGUCUCCUCUCUACCGACGGUUGAGUAGUAGAGAUGCCAAAUGGCUGACUCGCAUAAUACUCAAAAAUUACGCUCCUGUGACUUUACCGCGCGAUUUGACGCUCAGAAGCCUUCAUUUCUUGCUCCCGCAUCUUCUGCUUUUUCAAGACUCCUUUGAGGCGACGCUGAAUAUGUUGGCGUUGGAGCCAAUCCGUCAUUUUCCACCACAUCCAGAGCCAGGGCUAGCUAAGGGCUUGGGGAUAAUCGCGAUGCAGCAUUUGAAUCCGGUGGUUGGUGUUAAGAUCGGAAGACCUGACUACUGCAAGGCUCGGAGUAUCAAGCACUGCUGUCAGAUGAUCGGCCGGCGUCGGAUGAGUAUAGAGAGGAAGUAUGAUGGUGAAUAUUGCCAAAUACACGUUGAUCUCUCGAAGCCUUCUAGGCCUAUUCAGAUAUUCUCGAAAAGUGGAAGGCCGGGAUGCAGCUUCUCUCGCCGGUGUAUUAUGGAAGGUGAGCUACUUGUCUGGAGCGAUCGACACGGCAAAAUUAUGGAUUUCCAUAAGCUGCGCAAGUUCAUCACCCGUUCUGGCACUUUUAUCGGGACGGAGAAUGAUUCCCCGCCACAACCUUAUGAGCAUUUGAUGAUCGUGUUUUUCGAUAUCCUACUCCUUGACGACGACAUUUGCUUGAAAAAGCCACACCGAGAGCGACGGUUGCUAUUGAAAAACGUAGUACAAGUAAUUGAAGGCUUUGCAGACAUCUCCCAACAACGAAUCUUAGACUUCUGUCGACCUGGGAGUCAGUUGCAGCUAGAAAAUAUCUUCGCCAAGGGCGUCGCUGAGCGAUGGGAAGGGUUUGUCUUAAAGGGCUGCGAAGACCCGUACUUCACCACCUUUCCCAGCCAGGCAAAUGGUUCUUUGGGCCGUUGGAUUAAGCUUAAGAAAGACUACAUCCCAGGUCUAGGCGAUACGGUAGAUCUUGCCAUCGUCGGCGGGAAAUAUGAUUCUCGAGACGCCGCUGGCUUACAGCAGAUCCGCAAGUUAUCAUGGACACAUUUCUUCAUUGGCUGUCUCCUCAAUAAAGAGGAUAUUCUGCAGUCCAAGCCCAAAUUUCGGGUGGUUGGUGUAAUCAAUCGACAUAACAUGAGUGCGAAGAACAUGCAGAUCCUCAACCAAUUUGGAGAAUAUACUGCCUGCAGCAUUGAUUCCGGGCAUGGGUUUGACAUAGAGUAUGGAACGGGCAAUAUACCCGGUAUAGACGUCGUUUUCAGGACUCCGUUUGUGGUCGAGAUGCUAGGUAGCGGGUUUGAGAAACCAUCAGGUGCCAGAUAUUAUACGCUUCGCUUCCCAAGGAUCGUGAAGAUCCAUUGGGAUAGAUCAUUUGAGGAUGCAGCAUCAUUCUCAGAGCUACAGCUUCUCGCUGAAGACGCCCGAGAAGUCCCGUCAGAAGAGUUGGUGGAAGAAGAAACCGAAUGGAAUAAACGUCUGAAGCUGGGCAACGGCUCAUCGGAGUACAUAGUCAAUCGACCCCAGAGCUUGACAAACUCUUCUGGAUUGACCCAGAGUCCAGUGAAAGGGCGUCUAGUAAACGGACCUGCAAGCACACCCGUAGAUGAGGCAUGUAUACAAAAUUCAAACAGCUCCGUGGAAAGAGGCAGCGAGCGAGCCCCAGAAACCACACAUACAAUCCCUAUCUAUAUUGACGAGAUCAUGGCAUCAACGUCCUCGUCUGAGAUUUCAGAUAUCCAUGGCAAUUUCCUGACAAGCAACGAGAAUCUCUCAUCGCACCAGGACUCCCGCCAACAGAAGAGCAGGUCCUCUACCACCAACCCUACGGGGUCCAAGCAAAGCAAGUCAACCGACGAGCCCGAGAACAGCAAUACAAAACUCCACUCAACCAUACCAUCUACACUGACUAAUACCUCUAAGCAAGACCCCGAAGCUAUGGCAAAGCAGUCCACCCCUCAAAAUGCCACCAAAUAUCCAUUAACAACCCUCCCAAUCCACCUCAUCCACAGCAACGCAUCCAUCCAAGAGCAAUCCACCAGUACCCUCCCCUUAACCCUCAGCCCGAAUCUCAACAUCUUCAUCGAAUCCCUCCUAUCAAGAUCACUCAAAAGACAGCCACAAACCACCCCAACCCAAGCCCUUCUCCUUCUAAACCCCGCGCAAACCCCCCUAGGCCAAACCCUCCUCGAUCUAACCACCGGUCUCUACAAGAGACUUCAAACGCCCUCCCAUUCCAACAACCACUUACAAAGCGGGCGUGUAUUUAUCCUCCAUUCGUCCUUCCUGGACUUGGGCGCAGACGUGAUAAACCCCAGAUCCGGUGUGCGGAUGUUAUGGGAGGAUAUCGGGAGGAAGUAUUUUUAUGCUUGUGUUUCGUGGGGUUUGAAGGGUGGGGUUGAGAUGAUUCCUUGUACGCCUAUGGAUGGGGGUCCUAAGGGGACUCUGAAUCAGAGGAUAAGGGUUUCUGUUGAGUUUGAUAGGCGAGUUAUGGGUGUUUUGGAGUCGGUUGCGACUUUGGGGAAUGGAUGA